AUGUCGCUAAGAAGGGCCAAAUCGUUGCCAUCGCUUAAGAAUAUCGCUGAGGUGGCCAAGCCCAUCACCAAGGCCCCCCCGCUCCCCCUGCUUGCGUUUGAGGGCCCUGGGCUGUCCACAUGUCGCUGGUAUCCCACCACCGUGCGCACAGUGCACAAUACCCCCAGUAAGGCGCAGACGACGCUGCUCUCGACAGCGAAGAAGGAGAGUGCGUUUUCCGCAAUGAACCUGAAGGCCUUGCGGAACGAGUGCCGCUCCCGAGGCCUCCAGGUCUCCGGGCGGAAGUCGGAUUUGAUCGAGCGCAUUGUCGACUUCGAGCUGAAGGGACCGCUGGGCAGGCGCGGGACACGGCGGGCGUUCCACAGCCCGGGCACGAGCAGCGCCAGCGUAUGCCGGCCCGUGGACAAGGUCACCAUGCCGGACAUCGCGCUGACAGAGCGAGCCGUGCAACAGCCUGAGAAAAACUACAUACUCCGGAUUCCGUCGUUGUCGCGCGAGGCGGCGUCGCAUCCCGUUACCAAGUCCGAGAAGGAUCUUGCGCAGGGAGCCGACGAGGACGCCGACCCGACCUCCGAGGAGGGCCGGGUCCUGACGCCGGACUCGGACCUCCACAUUGAGUCGCCGGUGGUGAUCAACAAAAUUGAGAUCAUUAACGAGGACGAUUACCUACAGGACGAUUCGCGACAGAGCUCGGACUCGCAGGGCGGCUCGCAGCAGGACUCGGACGGCACCGGCCAGCAGAACUUCUCGCCUCGGGAUCGGCGGUUCUUUGCAGGGCUGACUGCGGCGGUGGGGCUGUGGUGGUACUUCGGGAACAAAAGCGCCAAGCGGCGGAUGCGGAAAUAG